ACAGUUGCCAUAAACAAGCAUCAUGGCGUCGAGUACAUCAAAAGAUGUUGAGGCAUUCCUUCACAAAGUUGAAGAAAUUGAAACAAUUGUGAAGGGACUGAACUCUGGUGAUGAGCGCAAGGUGAAGGAUGCAAUGCAGAAAGCAGAUGAAUUUAUCAAUGCUCAGAAGCACAGAGGGGAAAUAGAAGAUGAAGAAAAAGAUCUGCCUAAAACCACAACAGGGUUUAGUAAGACAGUCAUAAACAAAUCCAGCAGCACUGUGGACUCUCAGAACUGUGCAGGCUAUGCUGACAAGCAGGCCUUCAUGGCUGCAAUGGAGGCGGAUGCACAGGAGCGAGCACAGCGCAGGCAACAACGAGAGAAGGAGGCACAGAUGAUGAAGGAGCUGGGCAACAAGGCCUUUAAGGAACAUAAUUUUGAGAUGGCACUUGAAUGCUACAAUCAGGCAAUAGACAAGGUACGAGACAAUGCUGUUUUAUACACAAACAGAGCCCAGACUCACAUCAAGCUUGGUCACUAUCCAGAGGCUUUGAAAGACUGUGACUGGGCUAUUAUGGUCAGUCCACAAUGUAUUAAAGCAUAUGUACACAUGGGACGAGCACAUCUGGCAUUGAAACAGUACCAGCAGGCCAGAGAAAGCUAUCAUAAAGUCAUUGCCAUAAAUCCCAAGAAAGAUGCCCUUGUGCAAGAAUACCUGGCAGAGGUAGACCGUGUGGAGGCAGCAAAUACUGCUGAGCAGAGGGCACGAGACCUGUUUGACAGUGGGAACUCUGAAGCACUAGGAGUCUCAGAGCUGUUGGUGCAAGUUAGAAAACCUGAUCAACUCCCUAUGUACUAUAGUGGGGGGUUCAGGGUUAUUUCCAGUCUCUUACUCAAAGAAGGUGAGAAGGACAACAAAGUGCAGUUUCGCAUGCAGGGAGGACUGAACCUAAUACAGGAUCAUCCUGUUUUAUCACGGUGCCUCAGCAGCUGUCCCCGAAGCUUAUCCAAAGAGGAGCGUGAUGUACUGGCCUCAGUAUUUGACAUGCUGACUCAUGCCUGCAAAGGAGAUGAUGCCAAUCAGGAGCAGCUCUUGCAGCACAAAGGGUUCCCAGAACAGAUUCUGCAGUUUCUGUCAUCUUGCACUCAGUGGCGAGGCACAAAGUUGAAAACAUCCAUUCUGAACUUGAUGUUUACCAUUUCACAGACAUUGCAUGGUUGCACCCUCCUCAUCACACACUUUGAUUCCAACCAGCUGCUUGCCUCCCUUUUUUUCCUAAUCCGUGCAAAUUCCACAUACUCAGAGACAGCAGCUGGUCUCCUCAACAACCUCUCUCUUGACAAAAAAUUCAGAAAUUUUCUUCGAGAUAAAUUGGAUCCCUUUAUGGCCUCAUUUGAAGUGAUUUUGACAGACACCAGUGCCAGGAGUGGUGUGAUAUCAACAAGCAUCACAACUGUCAUGAACCUGACAAACAACAAGACAAUUCGUGACAAGUUGUCUUCUCAGCGCUCAUUAUGGCUGGCUAGUGAAGAGUUGCUGGUUCGGACAUCCACAGGCUCAGAUGUGGAGUUAUUAGAGGCCAUUUUGGGCCUUUUUGUCAACAUUACUUCAGAACCAACUGACACACUGCGAGAAUUUGGCCAGCGAAUCUGUGGCCACUGUCGGUCAUUGCUUCCUGCAGAAUGUGUUGGCAGUGUUGUUACAGAACGAGCCCUGACAGUUUUGGGAAAUAUCCUGCCCAACUCCAUUCCAGCAGUGGAGUGGAUAUGUGACCAUGGAGGGACCCUUUUGCUGCUUCGUUAUCUUAAGUCAGACAAAAUCAUUCACAUGAAGCAGGGCCUCAGGGGCUUAACAGCUCUCACACAGUUUAAUGAAAAGGCUCGGAAGACUGUUGUGGAGGCAGAAGGUGUGAUGGCAUUGGCAAAACUCUUGAGUCACAAGGAAGAAAGUAUUUUGGGAAAUGCAGCUCUUUGCUUGAGCCACUGCGUGCAGGUAGAUGGCGUAGCUGAGAUGCUGUCCAAAACUGACAUCAUUAAAGAGCUGCUGCUACUGGCCAGGGAUAGCAAGAAGCCCACUGUCCAGCAAAAUUGUGCCAUCCUCAUUGCCAAACUGGCUCAUGGACAUCCAAAGAAUUUGGACCGACUGCGAGAGUUGCACGGCAUUGAGAUUUUACAUACUUGUGUGAAGCAAGUCAAGUGACAUGAGACCUAGGACAUAAAUUCUUUGCUAUUUUUGUUUUGUUUCUAAUUCUAACAAAAUUAGAUUUCAACAGUGGCUUUCAGUUUAACUGAAAAAGGGAAGCCACUAAGAACUUAAACUCUGUUAACACUUGCAAAUGUUUUAUAAGAGUCGCUAAAGAAUUUGAUGUGUCCAGACUUAAUAGUGCAACAGGAUAACUUUUGUGCAUGGCUGUUGUUUUAUUAGGAACUAGUUUGAAGACUGCCUUAACUUCAGGUAUUUGAAUGUCCAACUAUGAGAAAAGCUGAAAUAAUUAUUGUUAAGCAUUAUUUCCAGGUUAGAUACUUUAUAGUUCUGUCUUUAAAAUUACCAGUAGAGUAAUGUGGUUCUAUUCUGGUUAUAAGUAAUGGCUCCUGUAAUGGAAAAGUCCAAGGGGACGAACAUCACAUUAUUUGGCUGACAUUCCAGUUUCAUGCCCAUGCUAAAUCUGCUAAUGGGACAGCUUUUAUUGUAUAUUUUCAUUGAAAAAAAAAAAAGAUUGAGCCUGCUGCAUCAGUGCCAGCCAUAUCUAAUGACUUUACCUUGAGGAAGCAUGUUUGUUAAUAGAACAGUACUGUGACCAACAUCCUCAUCAUAUUUCACGAAACUCCAUAGGGAAGCCUUUGCCAUGGAUUGUUGUUUGUGUGUGUUGGCAGUAUCAGCAAAGUUUCUUGCACAACCAUGUAUGCACAAAGCAAAAGGAUAGGCUGUAACUUCCUCUUUGAGUGGAAGUGAAAAGCAUGAAACGUGCUGGGACUGUGUUGAUCAGUUUUGAAAGGGAAAGAGGUGACACACAAGCCAGGAAACACAGGUGUUCUGUCAAUGCUGAGCUGACAAAAUGUGGAGGUUGAAUUAAGUCACUGGAUGCAUGCAAGGCAUUGCUGAGCAAGUUUCAGUACCGUGUUCUUUCUGUCAAGCAGUUCCUGUCUUCUGCUCUGCAAAAAAUCAAAUAGAGCUUGAUAUGACACCAGGUGAUAAUCUCUCCUUUCUGACGCUCUGUUAGACCAUGCAAUAAAGCAGUUGACAUUUUGUGAUGCAGCGUAAUAUUGACAAAGGAAAAAAUAGGUCAUUAAAAAAUUGCUGGAAAAUACAAAUUGUCUGAUAGAGGAAAUUUGCUAAGAGCUCCGUCUCCAUCAAAAAUCUUGUCAGUCUUUUCCAUUGUUAUCUUUGUCCGUGUUUUUUUUCUGUAUCGGAAUGGUUAUAUCUUUGAUGUCUGGAGGCAAUAAUCAAAUAAAACAGUUGUAUUUCUAAUUAUAAUUUUUGCAGUUCUCAGGCUGAAUUUGUUUUGAACUCAUGUCUAACAUAUUGAAAUAAUUUUAGCUGCUAAUGUCAGAGGGACAAAGCUGAUUAACAGCUGGGUUCGCAGUCAUUUUUUGGAUUUUUUUUUUUGACUUAAGAUUUUUCGAUCAUUCAAGGAAAGGAACUGUUGCAUUCAAACCUGGAACCAAUUGGAACAUGACAAUGUGCUGAAUUUUGUUUCUAUAUGAUGUCCAGAUUGAGUUUAUCAGUGCAUUUUCCCAGUUAUUUGAAAGAGCUUGUCUGUUGAAAUCUCUUUGGCAAAGGAGAGUCAACAGACAAUAUUGGUAUUUUUAACGUGCCUUGAUGUUUGGCAGUUUGGCAGAUGCUGCUUGUCAGAUACACUACCAGCAUUUUCUUGGUUACAAGCAGAGUAUGUGAUUUUGUUAUAUCAUUUUUUAUAUUUAAAAUUACAUUUUAUUCUUUCUUUGAAAACCAAACUACAUUUAAAAAACUUUUUGUAUGUAGAGGACAGCAUUAUGAUGACAGACUUCCCAUAUUGUGAUCAGGGGCUGUCACCAAUACCCCAGAUUAAAAUUGUAUAUGAAAUUAUAAAGAUAAGAAUUACCAACACAUAUUUUAACCACAUCUUUGAAUUCAUUUGUACUGAGACCAUAAAAUAAACUACUGUGAACAGUGGUACCGUAGUUACUUUGUAGAUUUUCUUUGUAGAUGAUGGCUUGUACAAAAGAGACCUUAUGUUCCUGUUGAUCACUUGAUGUAUUUCAAAAAUAUUGUUUUGUAUCAAAGUUAAGAAUGUUUUGUGAAGAAAUUCACAAGAGUUGUUAGACAUGUUUGAAUUGAGUGACAUAAUUCGCUGUGGCUGUUUUAAAAGAUAUAUUUUUAUAUACAGAUCUCUCCUAGUUCUAGAUGAAGGAAAUGUUUUCCAUGUUAUCAGCAUUUAUGGCUUACUGUUAAGUUUACUGCCAUUUGAUUGCAGUUUUUGUCAUGUCAUUAUUUACCUUUCUUCCAUUUUUGUUUCUUUGUUAGUCUAUGUUCUUCUUUGUAGCCAUUCUUCUCUCUCUCUCCCUUCUCUUUCUCCCACCCUCAUUCUUUAUGAAUGUUUGAGCAGUUGUCUUGCUCUUUCAGUAGUAGUAAUUUAUGUCAAAUAUCAGUCUAUUUCUGCCUUUGUUGUACAAUCUACCAUUUGUGGUUAGUUGGAAUGUUGUAUAACCAAAUGUUAAAUGCACAUGCUUCUUGUGUUUGGUCAUUUUUGUUUAAUUCUUAGAGACAAAUUUUUAUAUCCUAAUGAAGAGGUGAAUAUAUGGUACACUGUUCUUUAAAUUUAAUACUGCUGAUGACUGAUAUGAAAUAGAGGUUUGUUGUUUUGAAUGUUACAUAGCAGAUUUAAGAAAUGUUUGAGAUGUUGGUUUUUGCAAUGCAAUACUCUCUCUAUUUGAUGCAGAGUUGGUAUCAGUUUCAAAAUUUCAGGACAGCAUUUCUUCACAGUAACUUUUAUAUAGCAAUAAAGCCUUGUGUUGUCCAAUUAAAGCUGCAUGCAUUUUCGGGUUUGGACAAUAUUCAAGUUUACCAUUGUGGCAAGUAGUAUUUGCUGAACACCAGUGGCCAGGAAAUUUUUAGACUAAGAAGAUAUGACUUUUACUCUUUGAUUCCACAACACAUUGUAAUAUGGGAUACCAGGCUAGUUGAAGAACUGUUAGCCAUUUUUGCAGAAGCAGAGUGAGAUAGCCUGUGCCCCCAGCACCUAUGAAGACUUUAAAGUAUGUUCUAACCUUGUGGACAUUCAUGAUCGAAUAUUGCAGUGUGGAAUGUGUGCAAGUGCUCUGUAGCCCUUGUUUUACAGUGGGUCCAGUUUAAAGGGCAUUGAGAAGGCACAAAGAUUACACUUGUGCAGCAGCAUCAAGCUAAAGGGAUGGCCAAAGUGGAGGAGAAGGGCAUGAGCAUGUUGAUUAAAUCUGCAUUUUUGCACAGUUACAAUAGCUUUAUUUUACUGUUUGGAACCAAAUUAUUUAUGUCAUCUGGAAGACAUUUUAAUGUUGAUAUGAUAGUGCAAAGAUUAUUGUCGUCACCAAAAGAGCCAUUUAGAUUUUAACAUUUCUGAGAUUUGUAUGGCCAUAGCAAAAAUAGAUUGAAACUGUGCAGAUGUGUAAACUGCAAACCUAAAGGAAGUUAUAUUUUGUGUUAUAGCAUACUUAAGAAUGUUGCAAACAUAAAACAAAGUCAAUAAAUGCACUUCUGUACAAGGAGGGUGGGAAGGUCUAGAUGCAUGUAGGUGGAAUGGAGGAAGUGGGUAGAAGUGAAAGGGCAAAGAAGGUGGGUUCAUGAGAGCAGACCAAAGUAUAGUUUAUAAAAAGAAUAUUAUAAUUUAAUGAGUAGAGCACAUUUUUUCUGCUGCAAAAAUCACUGUUAGCUGACUUCUAAUACUAAGAGGAUCUGGAGCCUCGUCGUACAUUUAUAAGGGCAAUCAAUAUCCCUUUGCCUAGCAGCUUGAGGUAGGACUUUGCUACAUUGAUAUAUUUACUGAUUAAAUUUCAAGAGCUGAGAUUUCUGAUUACCAGCGUCUUCUGAUCGAGGUCAUUGACACCAUCCUUUCAGUUUCACCAUGUGACUUCACUGAUUCUAGAUCUCUGUUUUUCUAAUGUAUGCAAUACUGGUUGCAGUAGGCCUGAACUAUAUGCUCAUCUAUGAUCAACUUCUCAUUUGGUCACAGUGACUUUCUUCUUUGCUUGUGAAUUAAAACAGCUGGUUUAUUGCAUCACUAGAGACCAGCUCCUGGAUCUUCACAAUAGUGCUGUGUCCACUCAGACCACAUACUACAGUCUUCUUCAUCCUUGUUCCUUGUCUCAACACUUCACCAGCACCAUCUAGCUCUGGUGUGAACUUCCUUGUCUACAGCAAUAGUUUAAACCAAAGGUAUGCAUGAAGAUUGUAACUGACUAACCAUGUUGCGUUCAAUGGGUCAUUUGAAUGAUUUCUUGAUUCUCUUUCAUCCUCUCUCCCUUUGCCAACCAUUCCCCUCAUCAGACCAUGAAAAUGGUAACUCAUUUACACUAUAUAUUUACUGUGCCAGUGAAGGGCUUGUCUCUGAUGAUUUUUGUUUUCUGAGUGAACAUGUGUCUACAUCAGAGGGAGGAAGGUGUAGCGUGAAAUAUUUUUUAAGUAUGUGCAGGUAGGUUUUAUAAGGCACUGUGAGCCUCACUUUGGAAAAGAGUGUGGUUCUUUGGUUAUUAUUGUCUCAUUGGCAUACUGCUAAUAUUAUUUUCUUCUUUCAGCUUUUCAACUGGCAGCAUUUUGUACACAAACUCUAAGCUUCCGCCUUCAGUGUUCAAUACUUCAGCACGGCAUUGUGUUAUGUGUGCAUGUGGCCUUGACUCAAAAGGGUCUGAUAGCAAAUAUUUUAAAUAGUAAAAUUGUGAGACUAGUUUUACUGUUUUACUAAACUUCAGAAGAGGGUUGAAUAUGUAUAUAUGCAUGGGUUCAUAUAUAGACAUAAAUGUUUCUGCCUUCUAGUUGUACACACUUCUCUGAUGCAUGAUGAGAAAACAUUUACACUUUGUAACCAUGUUUGGAGAAAGAGAACAUUGUGAAGUAUCCUGCUACACAAGAACUAAAUGAAGUCUUUGUUUUAUAAUUUAUCACUUGUACUGUGUGCUGUAGUACUAACACUAAGUGUAUAUUUUCUGUGUAUGUGUGUUUCUGGGGAGGUGGUGCAUAUUUUUGUUCCAGUAAUACAGUAAAGUUUGAUUUCACAUUUAAAAAUAUUUUACAUUACACGUUCAUUUUAAUAUAACAUUAGCACAGUUGUUUACAAUUACACCAUGUACAAUGCACAGUGUACAUAAUAUACAGUAAAGUCUACAGUCACACAAGCUGUAUGAUCUGAGGAUCAGUAAGUGGUUAUGGCAGGAAUACUCUAUUGGAAGUCUUAUUAGUGGUAACAAAAUCUUCUGCAUUAUCGCUGUCACCAGAAAAAAUAAAAGCCACCAUCAUCA